GUAUAAGGGAAUUCCCUGCUUUAUUAUUUUGCUUACGCAAUGCAAUAUAGAUCGUGUGCAUGCCGUGUUUAAUCAUUCGUCGGGACAUUGUCUGUAGUUGAGGGAAGGCAUAAAGGUAGAUUUGUUACUUUUAGCAGUAUGUGUGCAGCCCGAAAUCAGUCGCUGCUCAGUGAGCUAAGGCAGUACAGAAUAAAGUAUGUAGACAUUCCACAUGAUGAGCAAACUCGAGCCAAAGCAAUCGUGCAAGAUAUCAAGCAAAAAUUUCAACAAUACAACAGUGGAUCACCAUACAAUUUUAGACAAAUCUUCCAUCAGGGGAGCUCAUAUGAGGGGUUGAAGGUGAUAAAGGCAGAUGAGUUCGACCUUUUGGUUCCUCUUAACUUAAACAACCAUGACUGGAUAAUCGCUACUUCAAGUCAACAGGGAACCUCAGGUUAUUAUAUGAUCACAAAGCAGCACGGAUCAGCUGUUACAACGUGUGAUAAUUUUACCGAGCAACGUGAAUUAAUUCCAGCAAAAGUGCGGCAGAACAUGCAGUCGGUGGUCCAAAGAGCCGUCAACAGCAUGAGCGGUAGAAAUUUUAGUAUCAACCUUAGGCCUUCUGGCCCAGCCAUCACUCUACAUGUAGUCUACGAUCACAGCAAAGAAUUGUCCAUCGACAUUGUUCCUUGUUUGCAGCUGAACGGUCGAAGUUUUGUCGCCAAAAGCCCUUCUAAUUCGUUAAGAGACACCACAAGUAACGUGUAUGAUCGUAUGUGGAGAGAGAGUUUUUCCGAUCAAGAGAAGGAAAAAAUCAAUGGGAUGGAUGGGAUGAACGAAUGUCGUCGAGAUUGUCUGAAAAUCCUCAAGACAAUUCAAAAGAGGAGAGGAAAAUCGCAAAUUGGAAUGUUGUCAUCAUAUCACCUUAAGACUUGCUUGCUGCAUCUCAACCACGAUCAGCUUGACCUUACAUGGAAUCAGGAAGACCUGGCUGAUAGAUUCAAGGAUCUGCUCAAUACAUUGAUGGAGUUCCUUAAAAAUCGUAACAUGCCAAACUUCUUUUGCAGAUCAGUGAAUCUGUUUGACCGAUAUGAUAAUGGCUCACUGGAAAACAUACUCAGAUGGUUAAGAAAGGCUAAACAUAAUGAUGAGAGUAUAAUCGAUCACCUGUUACAUGAAAGGGAUUUUGUGAAGCCUACUCCGGACAACUUUCAGAUUGAGGUCAAAAAUCAAAAUGGCAAAACUAAAACUUACUCUAACAUGCAGAGAUCGACUAAAGUGAAACAACUAAAGACCAAGAUAUACGAGAAUGAAGGAAUACCCACAGACCAGCAGCGAUUGCAAUAUCAGAGCAAAACCCUACAAGAUGAUCGAACAUUGGGUUAUUAUGGCAUCCAGCAAGGGAGUACACUUUACCUGCUUGGGAGAUUGCGAGGUGGAUAA